CCCCAGCACGUCGGCUGGCGUGUCACCUUAUCUCCCACUCUGUGUUCGGGGACUGUUUAACAUAUUUCUCCCUAAGGAUUUUGAAGGCGUUCAAUUAGGGCUGUGCAUGUAAAUGGGCAUCUUGGACGGCUGCCUUUCUCGUCCAUGUGUGCUGCUUCUCUGAGAGCACUGUAAGCAGCUGCAGCAACAGCAGCGGCACCUUGGAAGAGCAGGAGCAGGAGGAGGAGGAUUUCUUUCAGCCGUACCGUGUCGUGCACAGUGGAAAUACUCCGGUUACUAUCAAAACGAAAGGGAGGGAAGAAGAAGACGGCGGCGAAGUAGAAGCAUAAGAGCUUUUGGGGGAGCAAUCCAGACUGAAAUAGUGAAUUGUCAACGGGACAGGCCUGCUACGUUGGAUGUGUCUUCAGAAUGAACUCUCAAACUAAACUGGCAUUGUAACCCACAUUUGAUUUUGGAAGUAGUGUGGAGGCAGCCAUGGAAGUGAAGGAACGUAGACCCUACCGCUCACUUACUGCUCGGCAGGACACAGAGCGCCGUUACACUAGCUCCUCAGCAGACAGCGAGGACGGCAAACCCAACGCAAAGUCCUACAGCUCCAGUGAAACACUAAAAGCCUUCGACCAUGACUCGAGGAUGGCUUACGGGACCCGUGUCAAGGAAAUGGUUCAUCACGAAGUGGAUGAAUUCAACCGACAAGGGGCAGACUUUUCCCUUCGAGAUCUUGGCUUUGGAGAUGCCCUCCCAUCGCAUGUCGCCACAUACAGGACUGACCUGGGGAUGGCACACCGCGAAUAUUCAGUCAGUGUGGGCUCAGAUGCGGACACGGAGACAGACGGCAUUAUGUCACCAGAGCAUGCAGUCAGAUUAUGGGGCCGCAGCAACACCAAGUCAGGCCGCAGCUCGUGCCUCUCCAGCAGGGCCAACUCCAAUCUAACUCUGACUGACACAGAACAUGAGAACACAGAAAAUGGUCCUCCGCUGCAUUGUUCAUCCGCCUCCUCCUCCCCUGUUGAGCAGCUCCAUUACCCUCCCCCUUCCAUUGCAGCCAAUGAGAGCCAGGGAGGGUUGCUAGGUAACUGUGCGGCUCAGCCAGCCCAGGACUCUGACUCUGAGGAUGAGUUUGGCCCCAAUUCAUUCUUAGUUAAAACUGGCUCAGGGAACCUGUAUGCUCCUGCUACCGCUACUGCUGAUGACGGAGCCUUUCAAAAUCACUCUCGGCUGCGGACGCCUCCUCUACCACUUUCCCACUCCCACUCGCCCAAUCAUCAGCACCAUGCAGCCUCUAUUAACUCCUUGAAUAGGAGCAACUACACACCACGGAGCAACCCAAGUCCUGCGCCCACAGACAGCUCCGUUCCUCCUGAGGGUCCCGCCAGUGGUCAAGACUCUGGCAGUGCACAGGACAACUGGCUACUUAACAGCAACAUCCCCCUGGAAACAAGAAACAUAGCAAAGCAGACAUUCCUAGAGACUUUACAGGACAACCUCAUUGAGAUGGACAUUCUGGCAUCAGCACGCCACGAUGCCUCGUACAACGACGGGCACUUCCUAUUCAAACCAGGUGGAACAUCACCAAUGUAUUGCACAACUUCACCAGGAUACCCUUUGACCUCCAGCACAGUUUACUCGCCUCCUCCACGACCUUUGCCUCGAAACACCUUCUCUCGACCUGCCUUCAGCCUGAAGAAACCCUAUAAGCACUGCAACUGGAAAUGUGCUGCUCUCAGUGCCAUCCUCAUCUCAGUAACACUGCUGUUCCUGUUAGCCUACUUCAUCGCCAUGCACCUUUUUGGAUUAAACUGGCACCUGCAACCCAUGCAGAGACAGAUGUACCAGCUGUCAGAAGACAAUAUAAGUGGCCUAACUUUUCCUACAGACCUGAGCUUGCCACCACUAGGCAGCACAGGCUUGGAAAUACAUGACCGCAAAGGAAAAGAUGACAGCAAAUUGGACAGCUUGUUCCCAGAUGACAGCUAUAUAGAUAUGGGAGAGAUUGACGUGGGGCGUAAGGUCGCACAGCAGAUUCCUCCUGGUAUCUUCUGGAGAUCCCAGGUCUUCAUUGAUCAUCCCAUGUACCUAAAGUUUAAUGUGUCCCUAAGUAAAGAUGCCUUAGUGGGGAUCUAUGGAAGGAGAGGUCUUCCUCCAUCACACACACAGUUUGACUUCGUGGAGCUUUUGGAUGGGCGGCGGCUCCUGGCUCAAGACAUCCAUGGUCUGGAGGGGCCUGUGGCUAUGCAGCGAAGCCUAGUACCCAUCACUACACAUGACACAGGCUUUAUCCAGUAUAUGGACUCAGGCAUCUGGCACUUGGCCAUCUACAACGAUGGAAAAGAAACUGAAACUGUCUCCUUCCUCACCACUGCCAUAGACUCUAUUGAUGACUGUCCCAGUAACUGCUUUGGGAACGGUGACUGUAUUGCUGGAACAUGUCACUGCUUUUUAGGAUUCAAAGGACCUGACUGUGGGCGAGCUGCCUGUCCAGUCCUAUGCAGUGGGAAUGGUCAAUACCUAAAAGGUCGCUGCAUGUGUCACAGCGGCUGGAAGGGCUCGGAGUGUGACGUUCCCACCAACCAGUGCAUCGACAUCACUUGCAGCAACCACGGGAUCUGUAUUGUGGGGACCUGUAUCUGCAACCCUGGCUACAAGGGGGAAAACUGUGAAGAAGUGGACUGCCUGGAUCCAACAUGCUCAGGCCGAGGGGUUUGUGUCCAGGGAGAGUGUCACUGCUUUGUCGGGUGGGGAGGGCCAGGAUGUGAGAGCCCUAGGGCCUCCUGCAUGGACCAGUGCUCUGGACACGGAACUUUCCUGGCAGACACAGGAACCUGCAGCUGUGAUCCCAACUGGACAGGCCACGACUGUGCUACAGAGAUUUGUGCAUCGGACUGUGGUGGUCAUGGCAUUUGUGUUUCGGGCACCUGCCGCUGUGACGAUGGCUGGAUGGGCAUUGGGUGUGACCAGAGGGCGUGUCACCCACGCUGCAACGAACAUGGCACUUGUAAGGACGGCAAAUGCGAAUGCAGUCCGGGUUGGAACGGAGAACACUGCACUAUUGAGGGCUGCCCUGGUUUGUGCAAUGGAAAUGGUAGGUGCACUCUGGGUAACAAUGGCUGGUACUGUGUGUGCCAGCUGGGCUGGAGGGGCACUGGCUGUGACACCUCUAUGGAAACUGCCUGCAGUGAUGUCAAGGACAACGAUGGAGAUGGCCUGGUGGACUGCAUGGAUCCAGACUGCUGUCUGCAGGCAACCUGUCACACUACCUCCCUGUGUGUGGGCUCCCCGGAUCCCCUGGACAUCAUCCAGGAGACACAGAUGUCCUCUGCACAGAGCAACCUACAGACUUUCUAUGACAGGGUGCGCUUCCUUGUGGGCAGGGACAGCACCCACAUAAUCCCUGGAGCAAACCCCUUCGAUGGCAACCAUGCUUGUGUCAUCCGUGGACAAGUAGUGACGUCAGACGGAACACCACUGGUGGGAGUGAACAUCAGUUUCAUCAAUAACCCAUCUUAUGGUUACACAAUCACCAGGCAGGAUGGAAGUUUUGACUUGGUGACCAAUGGGGGCAUAGCCAUAGCCCUGCACUUUGAACGCGCUCCAUUCAUCACCCAGGAGCACACACUCUGGUUGCCAUGGGGACGUUUCUUUGUCAUGGAUACCAUCGUGAUGCGGCACGAGGAGAAUGACAUCCCUAGCUGUGACCUCAGCAGCUUUACCAGGCCCAGCCCUGUGGUGUCCCCAGCGCCGCUCACCGCAUUCGCUGGGUCCUGUGCUGAAAGAGGGAAUGUCGUACCUGAAAUCCAGUCUCUGGAGGAAGAAGUAGCUAUACCUGGAACAGAAAUGAAACUCGGCUAUUUAAGCAGCAGGACCCCAGGUUACAAGUCAGUGCUAAGGGUUAUUCUCACCCACUCCUUAAUCCCUUUUAACCUGAUGAAAGUUCACCUCAUGGUAGCUGUGGAAGGCAGGCUUUUCAGAAAGUGGUUUCCUGCAGCCCCAAAUCUCUCAUACGACUUUGUGUGGGACAAGACAGAUGUCUACAGCCAGAAGGUCUAUGGCUUGUCCGAAGCUUUUGUUUCAGUUGGUUUUGAAUAUGAGUCAUGCCCAGACCUUAUUCUAUGGGAGAAGAGGACCGCUGUUCUUCAGGGCUACGAAACCAUUGCCUCAAAACUGGGAGGGUGGACGAUAGACAAGCACCAUGCUUUAAAUAUCCAGAGUGGUAUUCUUCACAUGGGCAAUGGAGAGAACGUCUUCAUCUCCCAGCAGCCUCCUGUAAUCGGCAGCGUGAUGGGGAAUGGGCGGAGGCGCAGCAUCUCCUGCCCUAGCUGUAAUGGCCUUGCUGACGGAAACAAGCUGAUGGCCCCUGUUGCUCUGGCUUGUGGCUCAGAUGGAAGUCUGUACGUGGGUGACUUCAACUAUGUGAGGAGGAUUUUCACCACAGGGAAUGUCACCAGCGUCCUGGAGCUCAGCAACAGCCCUGCACAUAAGUACUACCUGGCCACCAGUCCAGUGAACAACGCCGUGUACCUUUCAGACACCAGCAGCAGGAAAGUGUUCAAGGUUAAAUCGCUGAAUGUUGUGAAAGAUGUGGCCAAGAAUCUGGAGCUGGUGGCAGGCAGGUGUCUCCCAUAUGGCAGGCAUGGAGGAAAGGCUGUUGAGGCCACCAAUGUCUCCCCUGCAGGCAUUACCGUGGAUAAGUACGGCGUAAUCUUCUUUGUGGAUGGGACCAUGAUUCGCAGGAUUGAUCAGAAUGGUAUCAUCUCCACUCUUCUGGGAUUCAAUGACCUGACCUCUGCUCGACCUCUCAGCUGUGAUGCUGUGAUGGACAUCUCUCAGGUGCGCCUUGAGUGGCCUACAGACUUGGCAGUGAACCCAAUGGACAACUCCCUAUAUGUUCUGGACAACAACGUAGUACUCCAGAUCUCUGAAAACCACCAAGUCCGUAUUGUAGCAGGCCGUCCUAUGCACUGUCAAGUGCCUGGGAUUGACCAUUUCCUCUUGAGCAAAGUUGCCAUCCAUGCCACCCUCGAGUCAGCUAAUGCCCUAGCUGUGUCCCACAAUGGUGUUUUGUACAUUGCUGAGUCAGAUGAAAAGAAAAUAAACCGAGUCAGACAGGUGUCCACAAAUGGAGAGAUCUCCUUGGUUGCAGGGGCACCAAGUGGCUGUGACUGCAAGAACGAUGCCAACUGCGAUUGUUACUCUGGAGAUGAAGGCUAUGCCAAAGAUGCUAAACUGAAUGCACCAUCUUCUCUGGCAGUAUGUCCAGAUGGAGAUCUUUACAUUGCAGAUCUGGGCAACAUCCGUAUACGCUACGUUCGCAAAAACAAGCCUUUUCUGAAUCCCCUCAGUAUGUAUGAGGUGUCCUCUCCCAUUAAUGAUGAACUCUAUCUGUUUGACUCCAAUGGCAGCCACAUUUUUACACAAAGUCUGACUACAGGAGACUAUCUCUACAAUUUGACAUACACGGGAUCGGGAGAUCUGAGCAGCAUUACUGAUAAGAACAAAAACACAGUGAUGAUCAGAAGAGACACAACAGGAAUGCCCCUGUGGCUAAUGGUCCCUGAUGGACAGACCUUCUGGUUCACCAUAGGCACUAACAGUGCCCUUAAAACUGUUGCUGCCCAGGGUCAAGAGCUAGCUGUAAUGACCUACCAUGGAAGCUCGGGACUGCUAGCAACUAAGACAAACGAAAAUGGAUGGACAACAUUCUUUGAGUAUGACAGCUAUGGGCGUCUGACUAACAUCACCUACCCCACGGGCCGAGUGAGCAGCUACCGUACAGACGCAGACAGCUCGGUCCGCAUCCAGACAGAGGGCUCCAACAAAGAAGAUAUCACCGUCACCACUAACCUGUCAGCUUCUGGCACCUUCUACACACUUAUGCAGGAUCAAGUUCGGAACAGCUACUUCAUUGGUUUGGACGGUUCGCUGCGUCUAGUUUUGGCCAAUGGUAUGGAGGUGUCGCUGUAUACUGAACCCCACCUGCUGGCUGGUACGGUCAACCCCACAGUCAGCAAGAGGAACGUGACCCUGGCUAUCGACAACGGCCUUAACCUGGUGGAGUGGAGACAGAGGAAGGAGCAGGCACGAGGCCAAGUUACUGUGUAUGGACGCAGAUUAAGGGUUCAUAACAGGAACCUCCUAUCGUUGGAUUUCGAUCGAAUCACCAGAACAGAAAAGGUCUAUGAUGACCACAGGAAGUUUACGUUACGGAUCCACUAUGACCAUGCCGGUCGCCCCACAUUGUGGGCACCGAGCAGUCGACUGAAUGGAGUCAAUGUCACCUACUCUCCUGGAGGCCACGUGGCAGGUAUCCAAAGAGGCACAAUGUCGGUGCGCAUGGAAUACGACCAGAACAGCAGAAUCACCUCCCAGAUAUUUGCUGAUGGUAAAUCUUGGAGCUACACUUAUCUUGAGAAGUCCAUGGUGCUGCUGCUCUACAGCCAAAGGCAGUAUAUCUUUGAAUUUGACAAAAAUGAUCGGCUCUCCUCUGUGACCAUGCCCAACGUAGCACGGCAGACUCUAGAGACCUCCCGCUCCAUUGGUUACUACAGAAACACCUACCGGCCCCCUGAAGGUAACGCUUCAGUGCUCCAGGACUACAGUGAGGAUGGACAGUUGCUGCAGACCACCUAUCUGGGUACAGGCCGCAGGAUCAUCUACAAAUAUGGAAAGCUUGCUAAGCUUCUGGAGAUUCUCUAUGACACCACUCGAAUUGGUUUUUCCUAUGAUGAAGUGGCAGGCAUGCUAAAGACCGUCAACUUGCAGAGUGAAGGCUUUACCUGCACCAUUCGCUACCGUCAGAUUGGUCCACUGAUUGACAGGCAGAUUUUCAGAUUCAGUGAAGAGGGCAUGGUGAACGCUAGAUUUGACUAUGUGUAUGACAACAGUUUCCGCGUCACUAGCAUGCAGGCUGUCAUAAAUGAGACGCCGCUGCCAAUAGACUUGUAUCGUUACGACGACGUAUCUGGCAAAACAGAGCAGUUUGGUAAAUUUGGAGUAAUCUAUUAUGACAUAAAUCAAAUUAUAACCACAGCAGUGAUGACCCACACCAAACACUUUGAUGCCUACGGGCGAGUGAAGGAAGUCCAAUAUGAGAUCUUCCGCUCACUCAUGUACUGGAUGAUGGUGCAGUAUGACAAUAUGGGGCGAGUGGUGGCCAAGGAGCUAAAGGUUGGGCCUUAUGCCAACACGACACGCUACACAUACGAGUACGAUGCUGACGGUCAACUUCAAGUGGUCUCCAUCAAUGACAAGCCUCUGUGGAGGUACAGCUAUGACCUUAAUGGCAACUUACACCUUCUCAGCCCUGGAAACAGCGCACGCCUCACACCACUACGCUAUGACAUCAGGGACCGCAUUACUCGCUUGGGAGAUACUCAGUAUAGGAUGGAUGAGGAUGGUUUUCUGAAGCAGCGAGGGAAUGACUAUUUUGAGUAUAAUUCUGCUGGCCUGCUUGUUAAAGUGUACAACAAAGUGAGCGGCUGGAGCAUCGAAUACCGUUACGAUGGCCUCGGCAGGAGGGUGUCCAGCAGAAGCAGCACGGGCCAGCACCUGCAGUUCUUCUAUGCUGACUUAUCCAGCCCUACUAGGGUCACCCACAUGUACAAUCACUCCAGCUCUGAGAUCACCUCACUGUAUUAUGACCUGCAGGGACAUCUGUUUGCCAUGGAGCUAGGCAGUGGGGAUGAGUUUUACGUGGCCUGUGAUAACAUAGGCACGCCACUGGCUGUGUUCAGUGGAUCAGGCAUCAUGAUCAAGCAGAUCCUUCAUACGGCUUUUGGAGAAGUUUACCUUGACACAAACCCCAGUUUGCAGCUCAUAAUAGGCUACCAAGGAGGCCUGUAUGAGCCUCUUAGCAAACUGGUCCACAUGGGCAGACGGGAUUAUGAUGUGCUUGCUGGCCGCUGGACAACACCUGACCACGAGAUCUGGAAACGUCUCAACAGCAACCACAUUGUGCCAUUCAACUUGUACAUGUUCAAGAAUAAUAAUCCUCUCAGCAAUAAUGAGGAGAUAAAGUGCUACAUGACAGAUGUGAACAGCUGGUUGGUGACCUUUGGCUUCCAGCUGUACAACGUUAUCCCCGGCUACCGCAAACCAAGCACAGAGGCCAUGGAGCCAUCCUACGAAUUAGUUCGCACCCAGAUCAAGACACAGGAAUGGGAUAGCACCAAGUCUUUGCUGGGUGUUCAGUGUGAAGUUCAGAGGCAGCUGAAGGCCUUUGUGAAACUGGAACGUUUUGGCCAGAUCUACAGAGCCAAAAGUGCUGGAUGUCCUCAGACGGAAGGCAAAAAGAUCUUUGCUUCUGGUGGCUCAAUCUUUGGCAAGGGGGUCAAAUUUGCUAUCAGAGAUGGUCGCAUCAGCGCUGACAUCAUCAGCUUGGCCAAUGAAGAUGGCCGUCGCAUGGCUGCAGUUCUGAACGAUGCAUUCUACCUUGAAAACCUUCACUUCACUAUCACGGGAAUGGAUACCCACUACUUUGUCAAACUGGGCUCAGUGGAGGGAGAUCUGGCCCUUAUUGGUAUGACAGUGGGUCGGCGUACACUAGAGAAUGGCGUCAAUGUCACGGUGUCUCAGGUCAACACUGUUGUCAAUGGCAGGACUAGGCGCAUUACUGACAUUCAGCUACAGUAUGGCGCCCUGUGUCUGAAUACUCGUUAUGGCAGUAGCGUGGAUGAAGAGAAAGCCCGUGUGUUGGAGCUGGCUCGGCAGAGAGCUGUCACCCAAGCUUGGGCCCGGGAGCGCCAGAGACUGAGGGAUGGAGAAGAGGGCUCACGAACCUGGACUGAAGGAGAGAAGCAGCAGCUCCUAGGUUCAGGGAAGGUGCAAGGCUACGAUGGAUAUUACGUGGUUUCAGUUGACCAAUACCCUGAGCUGGCAGACAGUGUCAACAACAUUCAUUUCAUGAGACAGAGUGAAAUGGGCCGAAGGUGACAUGAACACGAGGCUCUCGAGUGACUGACUCAGAUGUAGGACAUGGGACUUCUUGCCAAAGACAGUUGUGUACAUGACCACAUGUUUUUUUUCUUUGACUGUGCUCAACUUGGUUUUUAAUAUACUGAAAAAAGAAAACAACAUGGUUGCAAUCAGUUGCACUGUAUUAAUAGAAGAGUGCCCUUCUCCUUUUGAAGAUUCUUUAACAGUCUUUGCUCUCCAAGUGCGGCUGCUAGAGGAUGAAAAUUUGUGAUGUCUUGUGACUCCAUUUCCUCAUCCCUGUUGGUGAUUCUGUUCAAAGGAAUCCAAGAGGAGUAUUGGUAAUGCAUUAUGUUCACUGGCUCACUCUGCUGCCAGACUUGCAGAUUGUUAUUCACAAGCUUGCUCUAUUCUGCCUUUUCUGCGCCUCAGCCAAGGAGAUUCCUUCUCUUUUAAUCACUUCUUUUUUAUACUUGAAACCGUCAUAGCCCCAGUCAUCCAUAAAUAAUGAGGGAGAUUUCUGUUGGCGGUAGAGCCCUUCAUCAGACCCAGCUGAACUUGUCAAAGCACCUUCAUUUGUGUGAUGUCUUGUAAUUUUUUAAAGAGGAAGCUCGAUACUCAUUUGUGGUCUUAGCUUGGAAGGCUUCGGUGCACCGUGACUGUGCAUGUUGGCCUUUUUUAUGAACUUUAAAAUUAGCAAAACUGCUUGAUUAAGCUUAAAUUGUAUGUGGUGAAGCCAACAAAGGGAUGUGAGGUCACUUUUUUUUAUUUGGUGUGUAUUUUAUUUUAUAACCAGACUUUCUUUUCUUUUUUUUUAAUGAACAAAAUGAAAAGCGAAUAAAUUCUUCUCUGCUUCUUUUCAUUUGACUGUGGUCAAACAACUCGAUUAUAAAAACAGCGAAAAGCCAACCCUGUAAGAAAAUACUGUGGAAUUAAUGUCUGUAUUAAACUACAAAAGGUAUUUUACAGGAAUGGUUUGGGGUUAUAUUUUAGUUUUGUUUUAUAAAUAGCUAUAUGAAUUAACAGUAUAACAAAUGUGAAUUUUAAAAAAAUGUGAACUAUUGUCCCUUUUAUUGUUAAUUGUUGUACUUGAACAACGCUUAAGGGUGUUUGAACACAUGGAAUAAACUAUGAAAGGUGGUUUAGUUAAAUCAAUUACUGUGUUUUUCAUCAGACCACAUGCAUUUUACUGAUCUCGGUUGCAUAUGAAAGGCUCUUUUUGUUUAUCAGUGAUCUUAAGUCAGUAUUCCUCAUCACAAUGUCCAGUCACAUAAAGCUCGGGAUAAAAAUACUUUAUAAAAGCGAGGCUACAAAGAGGGUCAGUGACUAAUCUCAUCAGUGAUACACAGUACAUUAACAUAUUGGCUGUUGAGAUAGAUGGGCUUUGCGUUGUGUUGUGGGUGAGAUGAAAGAUACAAAUUGCCUUUGCCCAAAGGGCUGCCCGCAGGUCAGCUUUGAAAGUGCUUUCAUUCUCCAGGAUAGGGCUCCACUUGGUCCCAUGGCUGGCUGAAAUGCAUUAGACCUGCAGGUGUACUACUUCCCGUUUACAGACUAAAGGUCGUCUAUACACGGCAACCUUGGAAAUAACUCUCGUGAUCGCAUUCUAACUCCCAUGCAUCUCCCUCGGUGGGCAAUGCAAGGGACGACUUAAUGUUUCUUUAUCUGAAAACGGACACAGAGUCAAGACUAUUUUGGAAAUCGUGAUAUUGAUUUAAAUUCAGUUGUUGAACUAUGCCAAGCCACUACACACUCUUGACUUGCUAAUUUUCCCGUAAAACAUUUGAACAUGUUCGUGUGACGAGAGCAUGAUUGAGUGUCUCAAUCUGUACAAGUGAAAAAGUGAAAAGGACAUGGGUGUUUUUUUUUUUCCUGCUCCUGGUCGAUUCAUUUACAUUUUUCAAAAAGCGAAAAUAAAAACUAUAUAUGUAUGUUCUACAUAAUAUGAAUGAUGGAUAUUUGCAUUGUGGAAUAUUGCACUGAGAAUUGUUGCGUCAGAAGACUGUAUCUUUUUCUAAAGUUGACUCAUUUCGAGUUUUGGUUUGUUCUCAACACUGUGUUUUUAGCGCUUCUAUUUGACUGUGUAAAUAUGAGGACAUCAAAGUGAGCUGUAAAUAAAAUGCAAAUGUAGAUACCUCUUAGAGCUACAUCAGUGACCCUGUGUAGUCUUAAGGUAGAAAAAAAAAUAAAGGGAAUAUUUUGUGUUUA